GUGUGUGGGGGGGGGGGUGUUGCAUCACGUGACCAGCAGCCUGUCUCUCUCAGUCCGGAUCUCUUUGUUGUGGUCGCAGCAGCAGCAGCUGCUCUCUGAACGCACCCGGGAUAUACCGACCAGGGGGGGCACCGGGACCGGGACCGGGACCGGAACCGGGACGUGGAGGACUAUAAGAUAUAAUCUAUAAUCUAUAAACUAUAAUCUAUAGUCCACCUAGAGAACAGACGGAGAUCAGACGGACGCAUAGGUGAUGAUGCUGCUGCUUCCUCCCUGGACCAACCGGACCAACCGGACCAACCGGACCGCCUCCGAGGCUUCCUGAACGGAGAGCAGCUCUCCGCACAUUCCUCCAUCUUCACCCCGCACGCUCCCGCACGCUCCCGCACGCUCUCUCUCUCUCUGCGGUUCUGCGGGACGCAGCGCGAGGAGCCUCACCGGAAGGAUUACCGAGAGAUCGUUACACCUGAACCGAGAGAACCGAGAGAUCUGCUGCUCAUCAUGGUGUCAGGCCCCGGGAGGAGGCUGGACCGGGUCCGGUACCUGGACCGGUACCUGCUGUCCUCCUGCUUGCUGUCCCUGCUGCUCUACCUGCCGGAGGCUCGGGCGUCUUAUUACCCCCACAGCGGAGACUGUAAGGACAAAGACAAAGACUGCACAGAUCUGUCGGAGAAGAAGAGCGACCUGAGGGUCUGUGAUGACUCCACCUGUCGAUUCGGAGGCGUCUGCAGAGACGACGGCGCUCAGCUCAAAUGUGUCUGCCAGUUCCAGUGUCACAAAAACUACAUCCCCGUGUGCGGCUCCAACGGAGACACCUACCAGAACGAGUGCUACAGGCGACAGGCGUCCUGCAAACAGCAGAGACUCAUCUCCCGGGUGUCCGACGGGCCCUGCUCCGCCGAUCCUGGUUCUGGUUCAGGAGACGGAGACGAUGACGAGGGUUCAGGCUCCGACGUCGGGAAGAAGUUCACCAAGUGCAGCACAUGUAAAUACGGCGCCGAGUGUGACGAAGACUCCGAGGACGUCUGGUGCAUAUGUAACAUCGACUGCAGCGGGCACAAUGAGAACCCGGUGUGUGCCACCGACGGGAACUCCUACAACAACCCCUGUCUGGUCCGAGAGGCGUCGUGUAUGAAGCAGGAGCAGAUCGACGUCAAACACCUGGGCAGGUGCCCCGCUGAUAAAGAGAAACUUGGGAAGAAAGACGACAGCAGUCCUUUCAAAGUCAACGUCUUAGAGACCACCGGUCUGGACCACGGUGACGGGUUCUACGCCGGGAUGCCGAUCCCCUGCGCCGAUAGCUACGCCGGCUUCUGUGUUCACGGGAAAUGUGAGAUCAAGUACAGCACGGCCACCUGUAGGUGUGAUGCAGGUUAUAAAGGUGCUCAGUGUGACGAGCCUCAGGACUUCAACAUCCUCUACGUCGUCCCCAGUGGACAGAAACUCCACUACGUCCUCAUCGCCGCCAUCAUCGGCGCCGUGCAGAUCGCCAUCAUCGUCGCCGUGGUGAUGUGCAUCACAAGGAAAUGUCCGAAAAACAACCGGGGUCGCCGGCAAAAACAAAACCUGGGACACUUUUCCUCGGACACUAACUCCAGGAUGGUAUAGCGGUUCGUCGGGGGGUUCUUUUUGAUAAGUUUUUUCUUAUGGCGUGGGAAUAACCAUUUUUAAACGCUAGAUGUGUCGUAUUAAUUCUUUUUUUUUUUUUUUUUUCCUGGAAAAAAAAGAGAAGAAGAAGAAUGAGAAUAUUUAUUUAAGGGGCCUUAUUUUCCCUCCUUUAUUUCUGUUUUUAUGGAUGGAAAUAAUUUUUCUUUUUGCCGCGAGACCAAGAACACAGAGCCGAACCGUCACUUCACAUCGUUACCACGUCCGCCGUCUGAAUGACUUCAAACUGCUUCAUUCCAGGUUUCUGUUGGACGCUUUACACCUUUUGGUAAACGGCCUCGCUCCCUCUGGAAUGUGCUAUUUAUUGAAAAUGAUUAUUUUCUGUUUGACUAAUAAUGUGCAGCUGAUCACCAAAUGUUGUGUUUAGUGUAGGAGGUGAGAGGGGGCCAGCCCGACACAUAUAGAUAUGUUUACACGUAUUCCUAAAGACUUCACUGUGUUCAAACAAGCUAAUCAUUUAUUAUUAUUAUUAUUAUCAUUUUCUUUAAAGUAGUUUUUAUGUUCACUUUGAUUUUAAAUGUUCCUGAAUUCUAGUUCCUGUAUAUUCGCAUGACUUGUGAAAACUGUGUACUGUGGUGUAGUUUGAACUUUUAAAAAGAAAAGCUCGACGCCUCCUCCAUCUGGGCGCCGCAGAGAUCCGAUGGAGGUGGAGGUGGAGACGGGAAAUCCAAAACACGUCGGACCUAUGAACGGAGGACGUAGAAGGGGGGGGGUGUGAAGGAAUGUGUCUGCUGUCUUUACCCUGUCUUUAAGAACACACGUAGUUACCGUCGACGUCGGAGUACGUUCUCCUAAAAUCACUUCUGCUUUGACGAGGAACAGAUUUGACGCUCGGAGGAAUGUUGUUGCGUCUUCUUCGUCUGACGACCUGAGUUCGGAGGACGCCUGUUUUUUGGGGUUUGAACUGCAAAUGGAGGUCAACUCUAACGCCAGGAUCAGACUACAGGAUGUGUUUGACGGUUGCGAUGGUCACUGUGUCAGAUUAAACCACUGAGGGUCAGAAAUUAUUGUCGUGACUCGGACGCGACGGACUCCACGUCGGUCCCCUGUUCCGAAAACACACACUC